GGGGGCGGGGCCAGAGGUCUCGGCCCAGCUUGGCGCCUGCACUGCCUUCCCGGCUGCCGGCUCCAGCUCUACCAUGGCUCCCAAAGGAGGUUCCAAGCAGCAGUCGGAGGAGGACCUGCUUUUGCAGGAUUUCAGCCGCAACCUGUCGGCCAAGUCCUCCGCACUCUUCUUCGGGAACGCCUUCAUCGUGUCCGCCAUCCCCAUCUGGUUGUAUUGGAGAAUAUGGCAUAUGGAUCUUAUUCAGUCUGCUGUUCUUUAUAGUGUGAUGACCCUAGUAAGCACUUACUUGGUAGCCUUUGCAUACAAAAAUGUGAAAUUUGUUCUCAAGCACAAAGUAGCACAGAAGAGGGAGGAUGCUGUUUCCAAAGAAGUGACUCGAAAACUUUCUGAAGCUGAUAAUAGAAAGAUGUCUCGGAAGGAAAAAGAUGAAAGAAUCCUGUGGAAGAAGAAUGAAGUUGCUGAUUACGAAGCUACAACAUUUUCCAUCUUCUAUAACAACACCCUAUUCCUGCUCUUGGUCAUUGUUGCUUCCUUCUUUAUAUUGAAGAAUUUCAACCCCACAGUGAACUAUAUUUUGUCCAUAAGUGCUUCAUCAGGCCUCAUCGCCCUCCUGUCUACUGGCUCCAAGUAGACCACAUCAGCUUCACCCCCUGGCUUUGUAUCUAUGGGUGGCCUGUGGUAUAUGGGAAAGAGGCAGGGUGGUCAGGGUGGGAGACACACAAGACGUUUUUAUAGUCUGGAGUUUGAGGGUUUGAAAAACCCAACAAAAUGGAAGUCACUAUUUGUUUAUUGGCUCUUUUUUGACAGAUUGUUGAAAUUAAAUUAAUUGAAGGGGAAACUCAGAGUACCAGUAUGUUUAUUAAAAGGCAAGAAAUGUCUCGCAGUGUGCUAUAAUCACAAGAGGAGAAAAUAACUUGUUUCCUUGAUCUGUCACAGGUCACAGUAACCUGGACUGAGCUGUUAUUAUUUAUAAUAGUAGUGAGAAGUUAAUAACUGGUUCUAUGUGUUCCAAGCACAUAUUACAACUUAUUUUGGACCAUAAAUAUGAGAACGAAAUCCUCUUCCCUUGGGGGAUUGAACAGAAGGCUCAUGUUUACAAGUCUCUGAAUUUGUGAUUUGAAAUAGCUGAAAGUUAAAAAUAUGGUGUCACCAACUUGGAGAAGAGAAACUUGUGGAAAAGUUAUUUUAUAAAGAGAAAGGCAGCCAAGGUAAUAACUUAAAAAUAGCGUUCAGGCAUCUGAGAGUUGUCCCGUGGGGUUGAAGUACACACUGUUCAGCUUAUAGCUUUGGCCUUGGGUGGCCAGGGAGGUCAGCUUGACCCUGCCAUGUUGGUUUGACCUGUUAAGAGACUGGAGUCAUUGUUUCCUUGACCAGGGUCUCAUACCACUAGAGGAAUGUUCAGUAAGAGAAUCUCUUUCCUGAAUGAAUAUUCAUGUGUGAUAAACCAAAAUAAUUUUUGUGAUCUUAGUUCCAGAAUUCUAAGAGCCAUCCAAGGAAUUAUAGUUUUAGUGCUUGUCAGCAUUUUCCUAUUAGGAGUUUCAUAAAUGUGAUCCUUUACUCAAAAGUUUCCCAUUGAUUAUGAGCAAAAUAAUGAUCUCUUCAGCCUUCGGGGGUUCAACUGGAAGCAGUCUCUUGCAUUUUCAAACCAGUGUGUGUAGAGGUAAUUUUCAUUUCUUUGUGUGCCAUGAUUUCAAAAAGUUUGGGAAGCUCUUUAAACUAUAUUAAAAGGUGGUAAAAUCACAGUUGAUAUGGGCUCGUACUUCUGUUAGCUUUUGCCCACAUCCAGUAAUUUCCUACAAGCACUCCUUGAAAAGAAAGAUCAUAUCCCCAAUUCCUAAUCUUAAUUUUAAUCUUUGGUUUCCACAUUUAAAUUUAAGGUGAAUGUUGCAAAUGACAUUCACUGUUUCAUUUGUAAGUGUACAGAAAGUAUUCUUCAAUUUUUUUUCUACUUUGCCUGCUGUUAGAAUUUUUAGUAGGCCCUGUCCAAGAACUUUGCAGGAAGACAAGGGCAGGAGUACAUGUGCAUAGUUACCCAGAUUGUCAUUGUCUUCAGCUGAGGGUAGCAUUUCAUCAUUGUUUCUGAAAGUUUUAAAUUCUUUGCUUUUCUUCGGUGCAUUAUUAUUCAUGUGACAUCAUUGGAUAAAAUGGAAUGAUUGGGGAAGUCAGGAGAGAUUCACUGUGAAGGUUUCUUUUCAUCAUGUUUUAACUUUUUUUCUGUAUAUAAAUAACCAGUCCAUGGUUUGAUUGGUGGCGUGGAGUUUGUGUACCAAAUGGAAAACAAUGUUUGACAAACAAUCAGUGUCAGCUAUUACUGGAGCUGGGCCAAGUAUCUCUUUAAGGUGCAGGUAAAAAAUUGCCACUAGAUGGCAGUGCCUGUGUAGAUGGGGGAAAUUGCCACCAUUCUGGUAAUAGUGUAUUGGGAUGCGAUGGUGAAAUAGGGCCAUCAGCUUAAUUUUCUCAAUAGAAUUUUUCUUGAACCAAUAAACUAAGUUGUAGAAAAGCAUAUAAACAAAAUUUGGUUUGGGUCCUGAAUUUUACCAAUAGCACAUUUUGUUUUUUAAUUCUGAUAAUGGUUUCCAUACUGUUAGAUUAAGUUUCUGUGCAUAAGUUUCUAAGGCAUAUACUCACAAUUCCACAGUUCUCAUUAGGUGUUUCUGUACCAAUACUUUAGUCUUGGGACUUGUAGAACCUUUCCCCAGUUCUCUCUCCAUCAACUGUAAUGGCUAUGUGGCACAUAGAAUUAUGAUGUGCUGGAUCUAGUUUAGUUGGUAAAAACCUGCCAUUGAAUUUUUGUUAAAAAGGCCUCAUGUACGACACCAGUAAAAUAAAAAGGGUGCUGCUGUAAUUGGGAUUUGAAGUGAUUAAAUUUCCUUUUCACACUCCUAUGUUAAAGCCUUACAUUGUUGGAACAUUUUACAUUUCUCUAUUUUUAGUUCCCUUACUUAAAGCUUAAUAAAAAAUCUUGGAUUGGAAUUAUUCUUAGUCAAAUUAUUAUUAGCCAAAAAUUUACUGCUUGUCCUGUUUGAUAUAUUAUUCUAACUUGGAACAGUUUAAAACAAGGUUUGAAGUUCACUGAAAUACAAAUGUUGGAUUCGUACCCAAAACUCUUGUGAAAGAUCUUGCUUAUCAAGUAUCAUUAAACUUCUGCUUUUUAAAA